CCCGGCCCGGGGGCGAUGCCGACACAGCGGGACGGCACCGCCGGCAGCACCAUGUCGGCUCCGGGCGGCCUCGGCGGCAGCCUCGGCGGGGACGGCGCCCACCAGGUCCGGGUGAAAGCCUACUACAAGGGGGACAUCAUGAUAACCUAUUUUGAACCUUCCAUCUCGUUUGAGGGACUGUGCAGUGAAGUUCGGGACAUGUGCUCCUUCGACAACGAGCAGCUGUUCACCAUGAAGUGGAUUGAUGAGGAAGGAGAUCCAUGUACAGUUUCUUCUCAGCUGGAGUUAGAAGAGGCCUUUCGGUUGUAUGAACUAAACAAGGAUUCAGAGCUUCUGAUUCAUGUGUUUCCUUGUGUACCAGAGCGGCCUGGCAUGCCUUGUCCAGGAGAAGACAAAUCCAUUUAUCGCCGAGGCGCCCGCCGGUGGCGAAAGCUCUAUUGUGCAAAUGGUCACACUUUCCAAGCCAAACGAUUUAACAGGAGAGCUCACUGUGCCAUCUGCACUGACCGGAUAUGGGGCCUGGGGCGCCAGGGCUACAAGUGCAUCAACUGCAAACUCCUGGUUCACAAGAAGUGUCACAAGCUUGUCAACAGUGAUUGCCGUCACACACUACAGCCAGAGCCAAUAAUGCCUAUGGAUCCAUCAUCAGUGCAUUCAGAUAAUGUAGAAUCAGUGAUUCCGUACAAUCCCUCGAGUCAUGAGAGCUUGGACCAUGUUGGUGAAGAAAAAGAGGCAAUGAGCAUCAGGGAAAGCGGCAAAGCUUCCUCCAGCCUGGGCCUUCAGGAUUUUGACUUGCUCCGAGUCAUUGGAAGAGGCAGCUACGCCAAAGUGCUGCUGGUCCGACUGAAGAAAACCGAGCGCAUUUACGCCAUGAAAGUGGUGAAGAAAGAGCUCGUCAACGAUGAUGAGGAUAUUGAUUGGGUUCAGACAGAGAAACACGUCUUUGAACAGGCUUCAAACCAUCCCUUUCUGGUUGGACUGCACUCUUGCUUUCAGACAGAAAGCAGGUUAUUCUUCGUUAUAGAAUAUGUGAAUGGAGGAGACCUGAUGUUCCAUAUGCAGAGGCAGAGGAAGCUGCCAGAGGAGCAUGCCAGGUUUUAUUCUGCUGAAAUCAGUCUGGCAUUGAACUAUUUACAUGAACGAGGGAUAAUCUACAGGGAUUUAAAACUGGAUAAUGUGCUGCUAGAUUCUGAAGGGCAUAUCAAACUCACAGAUUAUGGCAUGUGCAAGGAGGGUCUGAGGCCUGGUGACACAACCAGCACAUUCUGUGGGACUCCAAACUAUAUCGCACCUGAAAUUCUCCGGGGAGAGGAUUAUGGCUUCAGCGUAGACUGGUGGGCUCUUGGCGUGCUCAUGUUUGAGAUGAUGGCGGGCCGGUCGCCGUUUGACAUCGUGGGGAGUUCUGACAAUCCUGAUCAGAACACAGAAGAUUAUCUCUUCCAAGUAAUUUUGGAAAAACAGAUCCGAAUUCCCCGAUCCCUCUCUGUUAAAGCAGCAGGUGUUCUAAAGAGUUUCCUUAACAAGGAUCCAAAGGAGCGUUUGGGCUGCCAUCCUCAAACAGGGUUUGCAGAUAUCCAGGGACAUCCCUUCUUCCGCAAUGUGGAUUGGGAUCUGAUGGAGCAAAAACAAGUGGUGCCUCCAUUUAAGCCAAAUAUAUCUGGAGAGUUUGGUCUGGAUAACUUUGAUUCCCAGUUCACCAAUGAACCUGUGCAGCUCACUCCAGACGACGAUGAUAUUGUGAAGAAGAUUGACCAGUCUGAAUUUGAAGGCUUUGAAUACAUAAAUCCUCUUUUGAUGUCAGCUGAGGAAUGUGUCUGAAUUCUCCAUUUCUGGACUGUGCCAAUUGUUACUCUGUUUCUGCAUGGAUAAACAUCUCUCCAUUUGGAUGCA